AUGACUUCAUCGCUAUUGAAGCUACCAUUGGAGAUUGUUCAACAAAUAAUUACACAAUUAGAAAUUAAUUCAACAAAUUUUUUAUUAGAUUUUGUUAAUGUUUUAUUAGCAAUGGAUGUUAGUAAUGAUUAUAAUAGUCAAUGUUAUGAAAAAAUUAUUGAAAUAUUUAAAUCACAAAUUGUAGUAAUGGAUUUAACAGACUCAAAACAAAUAAUUUCAACACCUUUAUUAACUUUAUUAAGAAGGAAUUUUUUAUUAGAUAUUGAUAAACUUAAUGAAACUAUUCCGGAUAAUUCAAAUGAUAAAAUUGAAGAUAAUGAUAAUAUAAUUUCGAAAAAAAAAUUUGAUUAUAAAAAAUUAGUAUUAAUUAUUGAUGAUACUUUACAAUUAGUUGAUGAAACUUUAAUUGAAUUUGAAAAUAUUUUCCAAAGAUUAACUACAGGUAAAAUAUCUAUUGACAUUAUUUAUUGUCCUUGUACUUCUUCUUCUUCUUCUCCUUCAAGAGGGAAUAAUUAUUUAAAUUCUUCUAUCUUAAGAUUACUUAAUCAAUUUGAAAGUGUUUUCAAAAUUUUUAAUACUUUAAUUAUUGAAUUUCAACAAUCAACAAUUCAAACAAAUCGAAAUUUUUUUGAUAUUUUAAAUUAUGAAUUUUUCAUUGAAUCAAAUACUAUAACUAAAAAGACUUUAACUCCAAGAUGUAAAAAAAUAUCAUUUCCAUCAAUUAAACAAUUAAAAAUGGAUUAUUUAACAAUUGAUUCGUUUAUUUAUAAAAUUUUAGAAAGAAAAAAUAAUGCUAUUAUGCAAUCAACUACUAUUAUUCCAAGAAAUGUCAUAAUUAAUGGUAAUAAUACUAAUGUUGGUACAUUAAUAAUAAAUGAAACAAGUAAUUUUAUUGAAAAAUUAUUUAUUGGUAUUUUAAAAGAUAUUGAAUUUUAUUUACCAAAUCUUCAAUCAUUAGAAUUUUAUAAUUAUAAUAAUGAAGAAACUUGUAAUUUUAUUGAUUUAUCAACUUUAGUAUUAAAAAAAUUUAAUGAACAUUUAUGUCCUUUAAAAUUUUUAUUUGAUUUACAUUCUUUUAAAAAUUGGAAUAUGCCAAAUUUAACUUAUUUUACUGGUCAUAGAUUUAAAUAUGAUGAAUCAAAAAUGUCUGGUUCAACUGAAAGAAUGAAAAGAUCAUUAAGUGAUAAUAUUAAAUUAUUACAUAAAAUUGCAAUGAAUGAAACAAGUGAUGCAACACCUUAUUUUAGAGUUAGUUUAAUACCAAAAGGUGUAAAACGUUCAAAAAUUAUUAAUUGGUUGCCAUCAAAUUCACCAAAUUCUUUUAGAUCGAAUGGUACAAAUAUUGAUAAUCAAAAUAAUAUUGAUUUAAAUGAUAUUGAUGAUAAUGAUGAUUAUUAUGAUUCUAACGGACAUUAUUCUGCGCCAAGUGACCUUUCAGAAAGAAAUCAAGAACAAAAUUUUUUUAAUAAACCAAUUCUUUGUUUAAAAAAUGAUUCAAUUGAAACUUUAGAGUUAAGAUUAUUAACAAUAAAUAAAAAUACUAAAUCGAUUUAUAUUCAAGGAUUAUUUAUGACAAAUUUAAAAGAAUUAAUAAUUCAAAAUUUUACAACAAUAACAAAAAGAGCCAAAAUUUCAGAUAAAAGAAAUUCUAUUGUUUUAUUAAGUCCAACAAGUAGUAAUCAAAAUAGAAUAACACCGGUAUCUUCAAAUAAUACUAGUAUUGAUAUAAAUGUUGAUACAUCAGAUAUUGAUGAUAUUCACCCAAUUGGAUUUUCAUCAUGGAAUAGUUUGCCAUCAUGUGAAUUUAUUCAUUUUAGUACCAAUCAAAGUAAUUGGAAUGAUAAAAUCUUAUUAACUGAAAAUUUAGAUAAAAAACAAAUUAGUUUCCUCUUUAAAAUUAAAAAUUUAAAACGAGUACUACCAAAAAUAAAUUUAGCUGAAAGUUUUGAUAAUUUUAUUGAUGAAAGACAAAAAUAUAUAAUUGUGUAA